ACGAGCAGCGAAGGCAGACGAAGAAUGGAGAGAGCCGCUCGGCUGUUCUAGCUUGAGACAACAGCAACAACGGGCAGCACAGAAAACCUCCCCAUCACAGGCGGCGUUUUUGUCUGCGUUUUUCGUUGCGAAAAACGACAAGCUGUGUCCCGACUGUCUGGAUUUCCCACAGCGAAGGUCUUUCACCUUCUCCUUCCUGUGACAAAUGUCGAGGCCUAACAUCUCUUAGAGGUGAGGGUGAGGACAGGUCGGAGUGUCGGUCAGCUGCAUCAAGUUUUGUCCCAUGAGAGUGACUGUACCAUCCAGGCACCUCCAGUGACCAGGGCUGUGGCUGUGGUGGGCCCGGCCCAGGAGGCCUUUUUGCACAUCACUCCAGGCUCCUGCUGACCUGUGCUGCUCUCACCAUGGAUCAGCAAAGAGACAAGUAUGGCGACCGACAAAGGAGCACUAAAGUGUCCCAGGGAGGCCGCAGCGGACACCCGUCGCGGCCAUCUGGCUCCUCCAGCUCCUCUGGGGUUCUCAUGGUGGGGCCAAAUUUUCGUGUGGGCAAGAAGAUCGGUUGUGGAAACUUUGGCGAAUUGAAGCUUGGAAAAAAUCUCUACACAAAUGAGUAUGUAGCUAUUAAACUGGAACCAGUGAAGUCGAGGGCACCACAGCUGCAUUUAGAGUACCGGUUCUACAAAACACUGGGAACUGCAGCAGAAGGUGUGCCUCAGGUGUUUUACUUUGGGCCCUGUGGGAAGUACAAUGCCAUGGUACUGGAGCUGCUUGGCCCAAGUCUAGAAGACCUCUUUGACCUGUGCGACCGGACCUUUUCACUGAAGACCGUGUUAAUGAUAGCAAUUCAGCUGAUUUCACGAAUGGAGUAUGUGCACUCUAAAAAUCUCAUCUAUAGAGAUGUAAAGCCCGAAAACUUUCUCAUUGGACGGCAAGGAAAUAAAAAGGAACACAUCAUUCACAUCAUUGACUUUGGCCUGGCCAAAGAGUACAUCGACCCCGAGACCAAAAAACACAUUCCCUACCGGGAGCACAAGAGCUUGACUGGUACUGCGCGAUAUAUGUCCAUCAAUACACACUUAGGCAAAGAGCAAAGUCGGCGAGAUGACCUGGAGGCUCUGGGCCACAUGUUCAUGUAUUUUCUUCGUGGGAGUCUACCUUGGCAAGGGCUAAAGGCUGACACACUGAAAGAACGAUACCAGAAGAUUGGAGACACAAAACGAAACACUCCCAUCGAGGUCCUCUGUGAGAACUUUCCAGAGGAGAUGGCCACCUACUUGCGAUAUGUGAGGCGGUUGGACUUCUUUGAAAAGCCAGACUAUGAAUAUUUGAGGACUUUGUUCACGGAACUGUUUGAGAGAAAAGGAUACACCUUUGACUACACUUACGACUGGGUUGGCAGGCAGAUUCCCACACCGGUGGGGUCUGUCCAUAUAGACUCUGGAGCAUCUGCAGUCACGAGAGAGAGCCAUCCUCACAGAGACCGACCCUCACAGCACCCACCAAUCAGAAACCAGACAGCAGCCUCAGAUCGACGAGGAGCAUGGGAGGUGCAGCCCGCACGCCAAGCAAACUCCUCCUAUCUGACCUCCCACCUGACAGCGGACAGGCACGGGGGCUCAGUGCAGGUGGUCAGUUCAACCAACGGGGAGCUGAAUGCAGACGAUCCGCUGGCUGUUCAUUCCAACGCCCCAAUUACAGCUCCGCCAGAGGAGCAUCCGCCCGACGAGGCCAACUGCGUGAAAAUGCUCAACCUGUGGUGUUGCUGUUUCUUCAAGCGGAAACGGAAGAAGAACACGCCACGGCAAAAAUGAUCACGCAGCACCAGCCUGAAACGUUCCAGCUGUUCGGCUCAGUCGAUUGUGAUUUUAUUAGAAAUCAGUAAGGUCCCGUUCAGAAUAGAAGAGGGAGUCAUCUGAGAGAUCUUGAUUGAAUUGUUCUCCGUUUUUUGGACAAGUUUAAAAACGGUUUGCUGAGAUGUACAAGAUGCUUGUGUCUUCUUGUGGGAUUUUUUUUUUUUUUUUGUCCUUUUUCUUCUUCGCCCUCCACCCCUCUGUCAAGCUGUGCUGGGUUGUGUUGCAGGUCAGUCGGCCAAAUGGGGGAAAAAACCUUUCUGAUGGAAUUUUGCAGAGGAUAAUCUUUUUUCCUUCCUCCCCCAAGACUCCCAACAUCAGUAUUUUUUUUUUUUCCUCUUUUUUCUCCUGAAGAGGAAGAGAUGGCACCUCCUGUGGAAACUUGCUUCACUACGAUUCCUGCUUGACUCAUAAAAUCAUCAACUUCAGUUCCCUUCUAAUCUCCUAAAUGCAUCCUGCCCUCAGUUUGCAAACUCAUUAUGACACAAAGCCCUUUAUGAUGAUUCCUGAUGUAGGAACUGAAUGUAACGCAAGAAGAGCCAAGAGUGUAACCGCCUAUCGUCACAUACAGGCACAAAGAGCAUCAGUCUGCCAUUUGGCCUCUGCACGUUAUAUUUUUUGUUGUUGUUGUCGUUUUCUUUUUUCCCCCCGUCCUCCAAAGAGGUCAACUCUGGCACUGGGACGGGGCCUGAGACAUCAGAAAACAGAGACGCCUCGUGUACAGUGUUCUCUGUGGAUGAUUUCUGCUCAUGCUGCUUGGUUAAAACGCUCCCCUUAACCUCGCUGCUGUCAAAACACACUACAGUCUCUUUGGACUCUCCUGCAGUUUUUGUUCCUACCCUUCGCUGAGCAGCAACAUGACACUUGUAGAUGCAGGGGGUGGAAAAACAAAUGCUAUUUAUGCUAUUUAUCUCUCGGUUUCCACCUGUUUUUCCUACUAAUUCUUAAACAUACGCACUGAAUGUAUGGACAGUAAAAUAAAUGACUUUAAAGCAUUUAUAUAAUCUGUCACGUGCACGGGAAUGAAAUUGCAGUUGGGGAGCUGAGACCAAUGUUUAAAAAAAAAAAAAGAAGAAAAAAAAGGUGACCAAAACUAGGUGGGAGGGUCUUAAAUGUUGUUGAUCUUGUAGACAUUGGGGGAUGCUUUGGAAUAACAUGAGGAAAAAGUGAUGUGAGGCACUUUUGGAGAAUCACAGCCUCUGAAACGCUUCUGUCCAAUGCCUUAACCCCCCGACCAACCUACUGACCGACCAACCGACCGCAGUCACAUCACCACUUGGAUGACACGUUGGCGGCAUAGUUAAUGUGAGAUUUCAGUGUCUUUUUUUUCCCCUUCUUUUCUUUUUCCCGUCUCGUCCCCUUUUGGGCAUCCUGUGUAAUAAAGAGUACCAGACUGUUCCCAGCUAGUGUGAGAGCAGUUAACGACUUCCCCUUUGUUGACACACUGAAGAUGUAUUCCCAAGAAAGUGAUGCCAAAUGGAACGUUUUGGUGUAAUGAUGUGUAACGGUGUUCCAGAUGUCCCCCAGAUGUCCCCCAGAUGUUCCCCGUCCCCCAGUUACCCUUGUGCGUACCAGUGUGAAGACCCCACGUGCUGCAAAGUGGUGUGUGACGUUUGGACGACUGCUGAACCCCCUUCUCCUUGUCAGCACCGGGAGAGGAGAAAAGAGGGCGGAGAAGUGAACGUGUCUGUACCAUUCUCACUCUUUUAGUGUCACGGAGGACUGCCUUGAAACAAAAUCCUCAGUACGUCACCUUGCCUAUCCUCCUAACAGAAUGAAUUACCAUAUGUGUGUUCUUUUUCUUUUACAUUUUACAUCUUAUGCUAAUGUGAAUUUGUUGAAUGCAAUUUUUUUUUUUCCAUUCAUUCCAAAUAGCCAUGGUUUUAUGGGGAAAGAGAGGUUAAACAAACAAACAAAAAAAGCUUGAGACCAUGACUGCACUACAUUUGUUGACCCCGGCUUUCCCUGACGAGACCCUGCCUUCUUAAUACUGUACUUUAAAUGUGCUUAUUACUUUAAUUGUAGCUGCCUCGUGUGCUAGGCCUUCCCUAUAGGGUGCAGGGAAUACACACACACACACACACACACACACACACACACACACACACACACACAC